UUCCCCAUUCUGGGAGAGGGUUCAGGCCUGGCUGUCCUCCAGGAUAAACUUCCACAAGGCAAGAGAUAAUACCAAGUCAAGGUAAAGAUCAGGGCAGCCCUUAAAAAGAUCUCCUUGAGCCCUAGAGUGGCUGCAGCUCUUCUGCUCCCCAGCUGUCUGUCCUGCCUGCCGGCGCCCGGCAACCAUGUGGGGACUCCUGGCUCUCUUGCUGCUCACCCUAGCCUAUUUCCUUUGGCCCAAGGUAAAGUGCCCUGGUGCCAAGUACCCCAAGAACCUCCCGGCCCUGCCCUUGGUGGGCAGCCUGCCAUUCCUCCCCAGACAUGGCCAUCCGCAUGUGAACUUCUUCAAGCUACAGGAAAAAUACGGCCCCAUCUAUUCCUUUCGAAUGGGUAGCAAGACUACAGUGAUGAUUGGCCACCACCAGCUGGCAAAGGAGGUGCUUAUCAAGAAGGGCAAGGAAUUCUCCGGACGGCCCCAAGUGACGACUCUAGGCAUCCUGUCAGACAACCAAAGAGGCAUUGCCUUUGCUGACCACGGUGCCGCCUGGCAGCUGCACCGGAAGCUGGUGAUGUCCGCCUUUGCCCUGUUCAAGGAUGGCAACCAGAAGUUAGAGAACAUCAUAUGUCAGGAAAUCAGUUCAUUUUGUGAUGUCCUGACCACCCAGAAUGGACAGUCCAUAGAUUUGUCCUUGCCUCUCUUCCUGGCGGUGACCAACAUAAUCUGCUUGAUCUGCUUCAGCAUCUCUUACAAGAAAGGGCACCCUGUGCUGAAGACCAUACAGAAAUACAACGAAGGCAUCAUGGAUUCUCUGGGCAAAAGCUCUGUGGUAGACAUAUUCCCCAAGUUGAAGAUUUUCCCUAACAAAACCCUGGAAAAUAUGACGGCUUGUGUUAAAAUGCGAAAUGAUUUGUUGACGGGAAUCUACACAAAGCAAAAGGAGAACUUCAGCAGCAACUCUAUCACUAACAUGGUGGACAUCAUGAUCCAAGCCAAGAUGAACUUGGACAAUAACAACACUGGCCCAGACCAGGAUUCAGAGCUGCUUUCAGAUCGAUACAUUCUUGCUACCAUCGGGGACAUCUUCGGGGCUGGUCUGGAGACCACCACCUCUGUGGUGAAGUGGACUACGGCCUACCUGCUUCACAAUCCUCAGUUGCAGAAGAAGAUCCAGGAGGAAAUUGACCAGAACGUAGGUUUCAGCCGCACACCCACUAUCAGUGACCGGAACCACCUCGUCCUGCUGGAGGCCACCAUCCGAGAGGUGCUUCGCAUUAGGCCCGUGGCCCCCACGCUCAUCCCCCAUAAGGCUGUCGUCGACUCUAGCAUCGGCGAGUUUGCCAUUGACAAGGGCACAAAUGUUAUCAUCAAUUUGUGGGCGCUGCAUCACAAUGAGAAGGAGUGGCACCAGCCCGACAAGUUCAUGCCUGAGCGUUUCCUGGACCCCACAGGGAGUCAGCUCAUCUCGCCAUCGUUAAGCUACUUGCCCUUUGGAGCAGGACCUCGCUCCUGUGUAGGUGAGAACCUGGCCCGCCAGACGCUCUUCCUCUUCAUGUCCUGGAUGCUGCAGAGGUUCGACCUGGAGGUCCCGGAUGAUGGGCAGCUGCCCUCCCUGGAGGGCAAACCCAAUGUGGUCUUUCUGAUUGACCCUUACAAAGUGAAGAUUAAGGUGCGCCAGGCCUGGAGGGAAGCCCAGGGUGAGGCUAGCACCUAGAAGCCAUACCUAGCACACUACACUAUCUUGUGUGGCCCCACAGCACAGAAUUAGGGGUGCUACGCCACCCUCUCCUGCUAUUCCUCCCUCCUCAUGGCCCACUCUGCCUCCUUUUCUACCCUGCAACCCUGACAGUGACAUGCAUAAAGUUUUUCUUUAGAAGUCCCUGAGCAACUCAUUCCUUUAAUUUGUUCACUCAUUCUUUCACCAAAUAUUUUAUUGAGUACUUCCUAUGUGCCGCUCACUGUCCCUGGACACUCAAGUGCCCUGGUCUAAUGAAACUGGCAUUUCUAGCAAAGAGUGACAAAUAAAUAAGCAUUUCAGAGA